GCUGUUAUAACUCUGCACGUCUGGUCCUAGAUCUUCAUCUGGACUUCAUAUACUGUAUGCAGCAUUUAUCUACUGCGAAAAAAGAGAAAACCACCUGCUAAACUAAUAAAACAAAUCGAAAUGUUUUGGAGGCUGAAUAUUGGACUGCACUGCUGACAUGGAACCCCAUGUGGACACAUCCUCUGGCACUCUGAGAUGUAGCACAAGUGAACUUCCACCCAGUUGCUUAAUAAAGUCUCAGGGUCUGAGCAUCCUGGGGGGCAGACGGCACCUCGAGCCAACAUGGUGUGACAGGAAGUAGAAAGCAGAAGGGAGAGAGUCUGACGCUGUCACUUUCCCCUCUCAGCGGGUCGCACAGACAUCAGGAUCUAAGAAGAGAAGAAAACAGGUCUUCAUCUCCUGCAGGAGUCCAAGGUCCUCCAUUCUGACUGUCCAAGGUCCUCCAUUCUGACUGUCCAAGGUCCUCCAUUCUGACUGUCCAAGGUCCUCCAUUCUGACUGAACGAGCUCUACCCAUCCUAAACUUGAACGGAGAGACGAAAAAGAGCGAAGGAGAAAAGAAGAGAGUGCAUCAGGAACUACCAGACCCAAAUUUUAGGAAUUUCCUUGAUACAGCAACAACCUGAGGAUUUCCUGCCUCCAUGGACAACACAACCAGCUUCCCCGUUUCCCCCGCCGGCCCAAACCACAGCAGCAGCUGUUCCCGUGACAACGCAUUGAAGACAGUGGUGUUUCCUGUCCUGUACUCCCUCCUCUUCCUGUUGGGGCUGUCACUCAACAGCCUGGCUGUGUGGGUGUUCCUCCACACGCCCUCCUCCUCCCACUUCAUCAUCUACCUGAAGAACAUCGUGGUGGCAGAUGUGCUCAUGACCUUCACCUUCCCGUUCAAGGUUCUGUCGGAUUCCAACAUGGCGUCCGUGGGCCUGCGUGUGUUUGUGUGCCGCGUCUCCUCCGUGCUGUUUUACCUCACCAUGUACAUCAGCAUCCUGUUCUUCGGCCUUAUCAGUGUCGACCGCUGCCGCAAGACCCUCCAGCCCUUCAGGGGCACCAACGCAGGCCGGUUGGCCUCCAGGAAGCUGCUGUCUGCGGGGGUCUGGGUCACCCUGCUGGGCCUCUCUCUCCCCAACGUGGUCCUGACCAACCGAAGCCCCACUUCAGCGCACUUCAAGUGCAGUGACCUGAAGAGCCGUCCCGGGCUGGUCUGGCAUGAGGUGGUCAACCACGUCUGCCAGGUGAUCUUCUGGGGGAAUCUGGUGACCGUGGUGGUCUGCUACACUCUCAUCACCAAGGAGCUGUACAGCUCGUAUGCCCGGACCAGGGCCUCGAGGCCGGGGCAGGGGGUCCGGCCGACCCCCACGGGCCCUGGGGGUCAGCGCCAGGCUCGGAGGAGGAAGAGCGUGAACGCUAACGUCUUCCUCGUGCUGGCGGUCUUCUUUGUGUGUUUUGUGCCGUUCCACUUUGCCCGCGUGCCCUACACGAUGAGCCAGACCCGCGGGCGUCUCUUCCACUGCGGACAGAAGCUGUUCUUCUUCCAGCUGAAGGAGAGCACCCUCUGGCUGUCCUCGCUCAACUCUGUCCUGGACCCACUCAUAUACUUCUUCCUGUGUAAGUCCUUCAGGAGCACGCUGUUCCGUACCCUGAGUCUCCCGCCCGGGAACUGCGGCUGGCUGACCGGCCGGGCGUCGGACUCGAACACGGGCGCACUGACCCCUGUGGGAGGCUCCUGCAGCUGAGUGUGGAACAGAAGGUUCGAAACUGGACGGGGGAAAGGUUGUUGCUCGGUGGUUAAGAACACUUGCCGAGAGAUUGAGAGGUUUUGGGUUAAAACUGUAAACCCUAUUGUGUUUAUUGUUUAGGAUUAAAUCGUCUGCUUUGUGAACAUGUUAUUGUAAUCAUUAUUAACAGGUCUAGUGGAGAUGGGCGUUUUUAGCUUUUUAUCCAUCAAGCAUCAGAGAGGAAGUUUGGACAGUUGGUUUACUCUCUUGUGAUCACACUGCCCUCUUGAGGGCGUCUGGGUGAAGUGUUCUGAAACUGAGAAGAAGGCAUACUGGACAUAUGGACACAAACUCUUGUGUUCAACUAAAUGUUGUUUUUGUGUUGGGAGGAGUUGUGUCUGUACCUGUCUUGUGAGACAGGCAGCGAAUGAGAGCAACUAUGUCAGACAGAAGCAGAUGCAACCAGAGAAGAAGAUGAAGGCAACUUUCAAAUAAUUGUGUUAGCAUGCGUUAACAAACCACUGUCCUUAAAAACAGUCAUUUGCAUAAAUGUACAUUUGAACAAUGAUUGGAUCCUUUUUUUUCAUUUCAAACUUUUACAUUGUAUUAAUUUAUAAGAGUUUUUUAUCCAGGGCCAGGUACAAACAGGGCACAUAGAAAGUACAGUAGAAAGCAUCAGAAGUAGUUGUGGGCGUCAGCGGCUCACUGCACCAUGUAGGCAGAGGGCUCACGACGGCCUGGGUUCAAAUGCAGCCCAAGACCCUAAC